ACAGUUUUUAUAUUAUUAAAGAUGUCAGCGCCCAUGUGAAAAUGUGCGCUCUUGCACUGGUGAUAUGUUCCGGCGAAUAGAAGAACUUUGCUGUCGUAUUUUACAAAGUUAGAUGCCCUUAUUAUCUGGUAUAUUCGAAGAUGUCAGCACUAUCGGGGAAAACAACACAUGUCGGAAAAUCGGAUGAGAAAAGGAAAGAGGAACUUCUGGAAGCAGCAAGGAAACGGGUCGAUUGUGAGAGAAGAGCAAUGAAGAUUGUAGAGCGCCUUCUCGAAACGUCCAUCUCAAAGUCUUUCUUUGAAGAUUGUGGUAAAUACAUCACCAGUAAACAGUUUGAAGAUGUGGCCGUUGAGAGGGCUAUCGAGAAGCUCUGUGGCUAUCCCCUGUGCACCAACAAACUCGCCAACAUCCCAAAACAACAAUAUCACAUCUCACUCAAGAGUAAGAAGGUCUUUGAUAUCACAGAGAGGAAGAACUUCUGCAGUCAGAGAUGUUUUCAGGCUUACAAGUAUUACCAGGCUCAACUCAAUGAUGAACCUGUCUGGUCUAAGGAUCAUAAAAACCUCCCUCCUAUCAAGCUGAUUGAGAACGAUACCAGCGCUGCCACCAACACACGUCUCAAGCCUCAGAAUGAAAUCACAAUGAAACAGGAAGUGGAAAUGCCAAAUGUCAAAGAGCAAACAGCAGAGGGCGCUUCUCAAGGCGAGGAAGGUCUGACCUCUGGAGUAUCAGGGAUGAGUUUGGGCAAGUCAGAUGGAGAGAUAGAUCAAAGAAGGAAGGACCAAGAUGAGAGAAGAGAAGAGAUGCUGAGAAGAAUUGCAGAGUCUGUGGAAAGACCUGCAAAAGGACAGAAUCAAGGAACGAAAGAUACCGGAAGCCAUGAUGAUGGUCCAAGGCAUGUUGCUGAAUCCCUUUCGAGUACUGUUGACAAAGAACAAGAAGUGACAAAGCAUACACAUCCACCUGAUGAAUUAUAUUUGUCCAACCAGAGCAAACUAGAUCAGACCGGUUCUACUGUUGAUAUUAUCAAUGAACAAUGUGAAGUUUCAAACAAUGAGAAUAUUGCUAGAAAUGAAAUGGAUGAACUUACCCAGAUGAAAUUGGUUCAGACUGGAUUAGCAGAGAGUAAAGAAAGUGUUGAUAUGAAGGAAGAUAUUGCUCCAGAGGAAAUGAGGAGAGAGGAUGAUACAAAGAAAGCUGAUGUAACUCGGCCAAAGAAGUCACAUUCCUCCUCAGAUCAAAGAAUUAGUCACGAGAAGAAGAAAGUGAAAAAGAAAAAGAAGAAAGUUACUUCAGCUGAAAACCCAAUGCUUGUAAUUCUGCAACACAUCCAACAAUGCAUCAUCGAGUGGAGAACGGUUAAAACACUGAGACACAUCUAUGGUAGGCACUUCACCAAGUCAGGAGACCAAGUACACUCUGGUGAAUCCGAUACUGGUAAAGAUGGCAACCUGAAAGAUGGUGAUCAAGACAUCAAGAAGAAGGCCCUCAAGGAGUUUGAGAAGCGGGUAGGAGAUCGUCUGGACCGGGAAGAUUUACGAGAGGGUGCCUUUCCUGCGCCGUCCAAACCCAUGCCAGACUUUGACCGCCUCCGCAGGGAAGAAGAGGAGAGGUACGCCUUGAGAGUGAGGGAGUUCUUCAUGGGAGGUGAGAUGACAGCUCCUUCCGAACCUGCAGUGAAAGACAAAGAAGAACCUCUAAAGCCUUCAGUUGAAUCCAUUGAGAGAACAGAUGCACUACCACCUGUAGACUCUAGAGCACAGCUGACCAUCAGACGAAAGAUCAUACUCGAUAAACUUGGUGCAAUCUUGCCGGGCAUUGCAGUCUCUCUCCACCUCUCUGUCCAUGAGGUCAAUCCGCUGAUGACCGAUCUGGUCAGGACAUUCCACCCUGGUAGCCAGAAUAUCUCCUUCAAACCCAUAGCAUGGACUCUUCUUACAGUCUUACUCAUCCAUAUAUUAGCUGAAAAAGAGAUGAGCAUUAGAGAGGUUCUGGAUUCUGCACAUGGCAAAGCGUUCUUGACGUCAAUGUUCAACCAGCUUGGUCUUAAAGUUGAUGUCAUCCAGGGAUUCAUUGAUAUCUUCAAGCAAGGAGUUCCAUGCUGAUAAAGAGGGUUGUCAGGAUAGAAUGGAGAUAGGGUCAUCCAGAAGAACUCCAGGAAAGAGUUGGACGCUGAAAGAGAAAUAUUCCUCAAGGUUGACUUUUGUAGUCUGAGGUAGACUUACAAUAAUGAAUCAGUAGAGAUUUCCAUUAAGCACGACAAGGAUUUCCUGAAAAGCAUGUUGAACCGAACAAAGAUAAGGUCUUCAAGGUUAUCACCAUGAACUACAGGAAAGAGGUAGACAUUGGAUGAGAAAUACUUAUCAGGACUAAUGUAGUCUGUUGUCAGAAGUCAUAGCUGAAGAUGUAAUUCAGAUUAUCACGAGACCACCAAUCAAAGAGUAAUACCGGGUUGACAUUUGCACGCAUUGUGGUGCCCGCAUUGUCCCGACACGGUCACGCCAUAGUUGCAACGUGUUUCCCCAUUGCUUGUGCAUAGUUCACGCAAUGUUCACACACUGUCCCCAACAUGAUUUCAGCAAAUAUUCUCAACACCCUAUUCUGUGACGUAUCUAGCGCAAAUUUAAAUGUUCCAACGUUCUGGUGUUGACGCCCUCUAUGUUCGUUGAUAAGGACCACUUACACCGAUCACGUGGUCUGCACGCACAAUUUUGCACAUAUCAUUAGCGAAGUAUGCUUAGCCUAUGCGCAAAGUAUGAGUGCCCUGUCAUGAACUUGUCAUGAACUAGUCGUGAAAUGUGCCCCACUUCCCUGGGGUGUGCGUAUUAUUUUUUGCGCCAUGAAAUUUCUAUUUCGACGCCAUGAAGUGGCAUGCACUGGCACGGCAAUGUUGUGCAUAGUUUACAGACGGUUCAUGAAUUUGCAAUGCGCGCCCAAAUUUUCAGCAUGGCAAUGUUGUGCAUAGUUUACAGACGGUUCAUGAAUUUGCAAUGCGUGCCCAAAUUUUCAGCAUGUUGAAAAUUUUGGCAUGCAUUUCACGGACUGCCAUUCAGCUAUUCGCAAGCUGGCACGCAUAAUUCUUGCAUUAGCCUGCAUGAGUGCGUGCCCAUACAGGAACCACAAUGCGUGCAAGUGUCAAGCAGGCAUUAGAUGAAUAGGGGUACCUUAAGGUGGACCCUCAUUGUAUUUUGGGAGCCCUCUUACACUCUCCACGAAUAAACCUGAAAGACAAGCCCAACCAGGUGAAGAAGAGGUUAUUAAGAUUAUCAUCAAGACAUCCUAACAAAGAGUUGGACAUUGACUAUGAGGGAUUCUUCAAGGUUCACCUUCAGUGGUGAUUCUUUGAGGUCUGGUCGUACAAGCGGAAGACAAGUACUUUCAGCUGAUCAUCAAGAUAUCCAAGCAAAGAGUUAGGCAUUGAAUAAGAGGGAUUCUUCAAGGUUGGUCUUCAAUUAGGAAUCUUUGAGGUCUGUCUUCUACUGUAACAAUGGUAAACUUGAAGUGAAUUUCCCAUGGCCGAUUAGCUGAAGAUAAUUACUUUCAGCUUAUCAUCAAGAAAUCAAAGUAACAAAGCUUUUUGAUUGAUUGUGGGACUGUUGUCUAGGAUUGAUUACAUUGAUUGUGUAUGAUCAAUCGUCGAACCUGCUUCACGAUCAGUCGCUAAGGUUUAUGUUUCGGGGUCCAGGGUUGAAGAUAGUAAGAUACGUGACCCUGUCUUAAUGGAGGAACUUACAUCAGGGGCCCGUAACAUAAAGCUUAGCGAUUGAUCAUUGGACUGUUUUCUAGGAUUGAUUGCAUUGAUUAUUGUGUAUUAUCAAUCAUAGAUAUCAGCCUUAUGAUCAAUUACAAAGAUUUAUGUUACUGGGUCCAGGGUUGAAGAUACGCGACCCUGUCUUAAUGGAGAAACUUACAACAGGGGGCUCGUAACAUAGAGCUUAGCGAUUGAUCAUGGACUGAUUUCUAUGAUUGAUUGCAUUGAUUAUUGUGUAUGAUCAAUCAUAGAUAUCAGCCUUAUGAUCAAUUUCAAAGCUUUAUGUUACGGGGUCCAGGGUCGAAGAUACACAACCCUGUCUUAAUGGAGAAACUUACAUCAGGGGCCCGUAACAUAAAGCUUAGCGAUUGAUCCUGGGACUGAUUUCUAUGAUUGAUUGCAUUAUUUAUUGUGUAUGAUCAAUUGUAAAAAAUCAGCUCCGCCAUCAAUUGCUAAGCUUUAUGUAACAGAGCCCAUACAAUCACCAUGCGUCUAGUCUGAAAUCUCCCAUCCCAAGCGAUAUCUUUUAUAUCACCCAAGGAAUAUCAAUCUGCAUUAAUCGUAGAAUCAUAGAAUACUGCCCCAGGGAGUGGAGAAUGUGCAUAUUAUUGUAUGCAGGUGUGUAUGAUCAAAUCCAUGUCCGAUUUAAUCUAGCAAAUUCAUGAACUAUAUAUAUCGUUGUGUCAGUGCAGGAAUGCCCUUUGCAACACACUUACGCGCACCUCACCGGUGCAGAAAUGCCCUUGCGCAAUGGCCUUAUACGCGCUACUAAGGAUUUUCUGCAUAAGUGUAGUGCUAAGGGCGUUUCUGCACCGACAUGACAAUGUUUAGCAUGACACUCCAUUUUUCAGUGAUGUCAGCUGGCCCAGUAUCAUGUAACAUGUAAUCAGUCGCAAGUUUUAUAUUACUGUUGUAAGCUAAUGAAUGGUGCUAUUUGAUUGGCCAGGAGUGUAUUGUUCAUGAAAAUGAUGCACUGGUGUUCAAAGGAUGCCUAUGUGAUUCCUUUGACAUUGCAGAUUGAGUGAUUUGAAACACUCAUCAAAAACACAAGUGCAUGGAUUAAUUUACUGUUUAUUUCCUUUUUUUCGUGAAGCUGUACUCUCAUGCUUCAUUGACCCAGAAGGAAAGGUCAAGUUGAGGUAGAAGUUUAUAAGAAAAUGUUUUGUGUCGUGGGGGGCGUCGUGGUCUCGUGGUUACGAAUCUCGUCUUUCAAUGAGAGGGGCGUGAGUAAGAAUCUCAGCCACAGCGUGUUUUCCUUCAGCAAGAAAUUUAUCCACAUUGUGCUGCACUCAACCCAGGUGAGGUGAAUGGGUACCCGGCAAGAUUAAUUCCUUGAAUGCACCAAGCGCCUUUAGCAGCUGGAGCUACAGCUGGGGUAAUAUAUAGUGCGCCAUUGAAUAGGAAACUAGUUAAAUCAGCGCCUCAUAAAUACUAUAUAUUAUUAUUAUUAUUAUUGUGUUGUUGUACUCUAACUUGAAAUGUGUUUACAAUGACGUAAUUUAAAUGUGUUAUUGUUGAUAUUGCAUUAUGCUUCCUAGAAACUGCUUUUUUUUAAGAAUGCUUGUCAUAAAUGCAGCUUCUUAUGAAGUUAUGAUUGGUGUUUAAUUGAUAAAAUGAACAUUUAAUGAAUAUGAGAAAGGAUACAACAAUGUUUUGAACCAACACCUUUACAAAGCCUGGUUUGAAAAUGGGAACCCUAACUGCACCUUAAAGGACAAGUCCACCCCAAUAAAAAGUUGAUUUGAAUAAAAGGAGGAAAAUCCAACAAGCAUUACCCUGAAAAUUUCAUUAAAAUUUGAUGUAAAUGAAGAAAGUUAUGACAUUUUAAAGUUUCGCUUAAUUCAUAAAAACAGUUAUAUGCACAUCCUGAUUGGUAUGUAGAUGAGCAGACUGAUGAUGUCAUCCACUCACUAUUUCUUUUGUAUUUUAUUAUAAAUAUGAAGUAUGAAAAAUUCUCAUUUUCUCAUUGUCAUGUGAAACAAAUUUUAUUCCUCCUUGAACAUGUGGAAUGAACAUUUUUUUAACAGUUUGUGAUUAAGUCAAGUUGGUCCUUGUUGUCGAAUCUGUAAAAAUUGAAAUAUUAUAUCAUUCAAACAAUAAAAAACAAAAUAAAUAGUGAGUGAGGGACAUCAUCGACUCUCAUUUGCAUAUCGCUGAGUUGUGCAUAUAACUGUUUUGUGAAAAAUAAGCGAACUUUAAAAAUGUCAUAACUUAGUUUACAUCCGAUUUUGAUGACUUUUUUCAGUGUUAUGCAAGUUUGAUUUUUCUCUAUCAUUUGUAAUCAACAAUCUUCUGGGAUGGACUUGACCUUUAAGUGACUCAACAUCAAAACAACCUUUGCUCCACAUUGUAAACCUUAAUUGGAUUGAUAUCUUCUGUCCAGUUUCAAUACAUAUCUUGUCUUAGCCAUGAAAGUUAGAGAUCUCACCUGAAAUGUUUACCUUAUAUUGAUAUGGUGUGAAUUAUAAUUAUCAGUUGAUACAUUCUUUUAUAUGCCCCUAUCCAUGGUCAUUUGGUUUAGCUUUUGGUUUAAAGUUUCUUGCAAGAAUUCAAAUAUGAGAAAAAUGAGUUUGCACAGCUGAUUCAUAAUUUUACGCUUUUUGAGAAAAUGACCUUUUAUCAUAAUUUUUUAACCCACCUGAGCCUUAAUACAGAGUGGUUUGCACUGGAUUGCAAGCUUGAAAGAACCGUUCUGAUUGGUUCAUUUUCAGUAUUUUGUGCAAAAUGUGCAUGCAACAAUGAUUCUCAUUGGCGAUUGCCUUUUAAGUAUAGAUGCAAAACUUCAGGAUUUUUGAUGUUCAGGGUUUGAUAUAAACAUAUUACAGAUGAUGGCAUAUAUAUAAUUAGGAAGUAAAAUUUAUAUUUUACUUGUUAAAUGCGAAAGAAAAAUAUAAUUUGAAUGCAUCUUUUGCAUCCUGAAGGUAUCCUCAAAAUUGUCAAAAUCACAAUUAUUAUGAUUAUAUUAUUGAACAAAUAACACAAGUUUUGAAUUAUAUCCUUAUGUGAUUAUCAUGAUAUUUCUUUUAUUCAAUUUCCUUGUACCUGUUUUAAGAAACAAAUUUGCUUUUUUGUCUUUAGAUUUGUAAUGCACGCACACCAUACAGAAAGUGAAACCUCUAUAUGAUGACAGGAAUGGCACCAACGGAAAAAGCUGAUGAUAAAAAAGAACAUAAAAGCUUCCUCAAGCUUGAGGGGGAAAACAAUAUCUCAGCUUAUUGGAUGCAAUAAAAGCGCUAAAUACCAAUCAAGAAAUGCAACGUGUUUUAUUCAUCAAUAUUUCUUAAAGAUUGUCUAAAUCUUUGUACAAGCUUCCAUUACUUGUCUUAAUAAAAGUAACUAUCGCUAUCCAAGCAAUCACCGGAAUAAAAUCUCCCACCGUAUAGAUUACCUCCCAAUAAAAUCUGUUAAUGUCUGUCUUUCAAUUAAGACAAU